CCAAUCAGAGCACAUUCAACAGUACACAUUUAAUAACAUGGCAGCCCCAUAUUUACAAAUCGACCAAAAUAUUUCAAACACCGAAUAAUAUUUAUAAAUUUUCCUCUAAACUAUGGCAAACCACUAUGAGGUGCCUAAUUGGGCAGGAAAACCCCCUGUGGGUCUACAUUUGGACGUCCUUAAAGGUGACAAAUUAAUACAAAAACUCAUGAUAGACCAAAAGAAGUGCUACCUCUUCGGACGCAAUGCUCAAAUGAAUGAUUUCUGCAUUGAUCAUGCAUCCUGUUCCCGAGUUCAUGCAGCUUUUGUAUGGCAUAAGCAUCUUAACAGGGCCUUCCUAGUCGACUUGGGCAGCACUCAUGGAACUUUUAUUGGAACUUUACGUUUGGAAGGGUAUAAACCUACUCAACUGCCUAUUGAUUCUAGUUUUCAUUUUGGAGCCUCGACGAGGAACUAUAUUAUAAGAGAAAGGCCCCAAACUGGUAUAAGACCCAUUAUCGAUGAAAUCGAGAAGGCUGGAGAGGAGUCUGAGGGUGGUUUAUUAGGACUUCCAGAAACUGAAAUGGAGUUGGAUAACUUAACAGAAUUCAACACAGCCCAUAACCGACGGAUAUCAAUGUUAGGAAUAAGUGACGACAACGAAAAAAGAAACAAGAGCAGAAAAAGGAAACGAACCACGGUAUCUUUCAAUGAAGACGAAGAAAUUAUUAACCCAGAAGAUAUUGACCCAAGCAUAGGGAGGUUUAGGAAUCUAAUUCAAACAACAGUGGUGCCAUCGGCAAACAAAAAAAUCAAAUUGGGUGACACCCUAGGUAUGGGCCACCAUAACAGUUUGGAGUUUAAGGUGCCUAAAGUACUGAACCAUCCUCAGCACAACGAUUUAUAUAAUGAUUUGCCACCUGAGACUCAGAGUGCUUCUAGUGUCAGCAAUAUGAGUAAUAUGUAUAGUUCCUUAAGUUCAAGGUUGGGUGUAAGUCUUCCAAAUCCAGCACCAGACGUGGACAUGGGAAUUCCCACUCCAGCACCGUUCGUUCCCCAACAGGUCCAAGUACCAGACUCUUUGGAACCGAAAAAGAAGAAAUACGCGAAAGAGGCGUGGCCCGGAAAGAAACCCGUUCAAGCUUUACUCGUGUAAUUAUCAAGUUAUUUUUUUUUAAUUUCCCGUUGCGCACAUUCACAAUCAUCAAAUCCAAUGGAAGCGGGGGAAGUGAUUUUUUUUUAAAUUUAUAUUAUGUGUUGUAAUAAAUACUUCAUAAUAACUA